UUUCAAUUAAAUUCUUUACGAUAUAGAAUAUCGUAGAUAUUUAUUAUAUAAGUUGAAAAUAGAAUUUACAAAAAAAUGUCAAAAUUGUUUACUCUAAUAUUUACAAUCACUAUCGUUGUUAGCAGCAAUGCUGAUGAUGCAGUUAAUGGAGAAUUAGAUUAUUUAUUGUCAAGGUGUCAUGAUAUUGAAUAUUUUAUAGAUCCAGUUAAAAUUGAAAUUCAAUCACGACGAAAAAGUUUGGCGCAGGAAGUUUUAAGAAGUCGUAAGCUUUUAAAUAGACAAUGCAUUAAGGCGAUUGAGGAAAACAAUAAUAGAAUUAAUCAACUUCUUGAUGACAAGACGCGAAAUAUUUCUGAAUUACAAACAUUUGUUACAAAUAUCAGAAAUUAUGUUGCAGACAUAAAACAAAGCAGUGAAAGAGAAAUAAGGGAGGCUAAGCAGGGAAUACUGCAAAUAACCCGAAAAAAGGAGAAUGAAGUAACGGAUAAAGUAGACUUGGCAAAAAGAUUGAAUAUUAGAUUUGUUACUGAUCUUGCAACUCCAUUUCAGCAAUUUGUCUUUAUUCAAGAGUGUUACAAAAAAAGAUUUCUGAUUAUCUAAUCAGAUGUCUAAUAGUUGUUUGGUUUAGUUAACUAAUAAGCUAAUUUAAUUUAAAUCAAUUUAUAUCCUUAAAAAUUUACGAAAAUGAAAAUUAGAGAAAUGAGAAAUGAUAAUUAGAGAUUAGAAAUUCUUUUUUGAUUCUAUACGUUUUUAAAAACAUUGUACACUUCAUAUUUUUAAGCAAAUGUUUCCUAUGUGUGGUGUUAGUGUUACUAAAAUAAUUUUAUAACAACAGGAACCAUAAAAAUGUCUUGUAAUAAAGAUUAUACGAUU